CAUUUUGAUGCUCAAUGGCGAGCACAGAACUAUGGAGGGAUUUUGAGCAAAUCCGGGACAUCGUAGCCCACCGCUUGACUGUCGACAAGCUCAAGUCAGUCAUCUCCUCUCUCAACGACGACUGUGCUGCCGGCCUCCAAAAGACUGGGAAAAAGCAAGACCUUAUCAACAGGCUCAGUAGCUUCUUGGACAAUCUGAGGAACUCGCGCAUGGACAGCAAGUGGCAGAGAGCCAAAACCAUCAUAAAUGAAGUUAAGAGCGGAUCACACAUUCACCGCAUUUCAGUGGCUAGUCUUCAAACUUCGUUCCCUUCGGUUGCAGGAUCCAGUUCUUCAUAUUCUGGCAUCAAGACCGGUGGUUACCCGUCUCCUAUUAUUGGGACCUCUGGCCCUAGUACUCUGCAUCGCUAUGACCCAUAUGCACCACCUGUUCCGAAUGGCGCCUCUGCCUCCGCUUCAACCUCUUCGACGUCAUCGAGGCCAAUCGCGAUUCGAUUCAAGGAUUCCCCUUUCUUUACCAUCGAGCAGCAGGUGUCUUCUGUCGUCGAAUGUCCUGAGUCAACAAGCGCCAUGGACCGCAGACAGCAAACUCUCACAUUUACCCUCAACAAUGACCAGGUAUACAAAUUGAAGUCCAGCGGGUCUCGCUACCAGCUUCGAUUAUUCUGCACAUCGUCCGUCUUCUAUUCCCCUUCCAGAAACAGUGGCUUCCCGUGUCCCAUCGAGUUCCCCCCGACAUGCGAAGUGAGGGUCAACGGCGCUCAAAUUACAGCUAGCUUGAAAGGCUUGAAGAAGAAACCUGGGACCGCGCCGCCCCCAGACCUCAUGAAGUACGUGCGGCUUUCGACACAGCAGAACCGAAUCGAGAUGGUCUAUGUCAACAGCACGCAGCCGGUGCAAUCGAAGAAAUUCUAUCUCGUGGUGAUGCUCGUGGAAACAAAGACGGUUGACAGCUUGGUUGAAAAUCUGAAGGCGAACUGCCGACGGAGUAGCCUGGAAGUCCGACAGAAAAUGCUGGAAUCCCUCAAUGACGACGACGACAUUCAAGCAGGUCCCCAGAAAAUGUCGCUGAAAUGCCCUUUGAGCUUCAUGCGUGUAAAUACCCCAUGUCGUUCGUCCAAGUGUGUCCAUCCACAAUGCUUCGAUGCAGCAUCGUGGUUCUACAUGAUGGAACAAACCACCACAUAUCUCUGCCCGACAUGCGAGCGGGUUCUUGAUCACAGGGAUCUUAUCAUUGAUGGUUACUUCGAGGAGAUACUUCAGCAGACUGAUGAUGACGUUGAAGACGUGAUUGUCGAGGCCGAUGGAGAAUGGCACACGUCUGACAACAAGUACGCCUCCGCGAAAUGGAGAGCUGGGCACCCUGUUGCACCCAAGACAAUAUCUCCGAAUCCGGUACCAGCAACGACCACCAACGGUGCCGAACGCGACAAAGGCAAGGCCAAAAAUCUUGAAGUAUUCGUGCUAUCAGAUGACGAUGAUGAGGAUGCUGUGAAACGAGAAUUGUCGCCUUCGUUGUCUCACCGACAUUCACUGGAUAGCGCUUCGCAUCCCCCUCCAUCGGUGCGGUCGCAGUCGCACGUUGCCGAAGAAGUAAUUGACCUCACACUGAGCGACGAUGACGAGCCACAACCCCAGCCUCCCCCGCCUCCCGCUCCCGUGCUAAAGCGGAAGGCGACGGAGUUGGAUUUGCCGCCGAUUGAUACAUGGAAGAAAGCACGAGGAGACCUUCAGGAGCAACAGCCCCAUUCAACGAGGCCUUCCCAGCAUCACCAAGCGCCGCCUCCGAAUCAGAUAUCCCCUGUGUAUCGAAACCCUCCCGCGAAUGAUAUCCGGCCGCACUCCGGUUUCGACCACAAUACAAGACUGCCUGGUGUCAACGGCUAUCCACUGCCACAGCCGCCGCCCAUCCCAACAGUCCCUUAUUACUCGGGGCGUCCAAGCUUGACUGAGUCCCGACAAUUGCCUCCACCACCGCCGUACCCCGCUCCUUAUCAGCAUCAGCCUCGGGGGUCCCGGUGGGGAGGUCAAUAA